GUGAGCAGCCAUGUUUACGUGUCUAUCUGUCUUUAGCGCUCGUGUUUAUGCUAGGUUACAAGUGUUUGUUUCAUCCGUAACUUGGUUCCAUUCCACCCCCGGGGGGCUGACCACCACAUCAUCCUCUUCUUCCGCAGUCUUUUCGUUUAUUUCGCCAUGUAGGUUACCAACUAUUUCCAAAACGUCGCCUGUUUUGUUUUGUUUUUUACGUUCGGCCAUGCCAUUAACCGAUGGCGUCGAUAGAGGCGGGGGCCGGGUGGAGGACAAGGCAGCCGCAUGCUGGAGCUCAACCGGGGCGACCAGGCCACACUAGCCCAGCUCUGCCCAUCCCUACACGGGGAUGCUAGACACACAGGCCCGUCCUGUCCCGUAUACGUUUCUCAUCUUCAGUUCUUAUUGUAAAAUCGGUUGAUUUUUUCUGUAUAUUUUUCAUUUAAAAAUCACAAUAUUUUGCUUUUAGGCAAACUAUGACUUGUGACUGGGGUGGUACCAUAACAUUUUGCGUACUUGACAAUUGACUUUGACAGCUUGGCAACAUACUUGUACUGUUUUGGGGCCUAGAAAAGUAUUAAAAGUAACAUCGCAGACCAAUAAUUAUGCACACUAUUUCAAAAUCGUACUGGUAGAUGCUGUGAAGACCAUACAGCAUUGAAUGCAUCGGUCAGAUACAUGCAAACAACGGCGACAAUGGGGGAGACUUGAGGGCAAAGUGCAGCAGAGAAGAGACUGUGGAGUAUAAUAGGGCUGUGUCCAGAGCUAAUGUUAGCAUGUGGGUUUAUUUGAGUCAUUUCUACUGUAGUUGUGUAUGCUCAAAUGUUACAGUGACAAAACUGCUUGACUAAUGAGCAAAAGCACACUUGGAACUCCAGCCCAGGAAGACUAAUAGUGCUGUGCUAAGUAGGUACAAUCGACACCUUUAAUGUAUACGCCUUUGUGGCAUGUUUACAUUUUGUGUAGCAGUACUUGAAACCUCAACAAGGUCCAAAAGUGGCGUCCUUGUCUUCUAGUUUACCACCAUUUAUUUGCAGUUAUUUGAUUGUGCUGUGCCUUUUCCAGGGCCAAAAGGAUAGCAAGAGGUAGGAAAAGCCAGCACUAUCAGGUCCUGCGAGGUACUACUAUAUAGUACCAAGUCACCCGGCGUCCCAAGUAUGCCAAGCACGUAUCAUAUGGGGGAUGUAAACGAUUGUCGUUGCGCAUUGGUUGAUUCGAUUUUGGACAAAGCCAGACAACGCCUGUGCGUAAGGGUAUUCUGCCAAGCAGUGCCAAGGAUGUCAACAGUCACUUCUCCCGCCGUGUUGUGUUGAAAGCAAUUGUUGCUGUCCGACAAGUAUAUACAAGAUAAGUUAUUUGAUUGUGGGUUGCCGUGUCUGUGUGUUAAGGCAAACACCGUUUUUGGCAAUUUCUGCUGGGUUCUGUGUAAAAGGCACAGGCGGAUAAAUGUCGUAACUUCUGCUACGGCGCUGAUGUGACUUUGUGUGAUCUCUGUCUGAAAGAGGCUCAAUCAGGAAGCAACUUGAUGCUAAUAAUAGAGGCCCAUAUUGCCAGCAUCCAGUCGCCAACCGUGCCAAGGCAUUCAAAUGAAGAAAUAUGCAAACGGGCAAAUGAGUGAGGGAGAACGACAUGUUUAUGUAUAUUUAUUAUCAGCAUGUGUGAAUGUAGCUAUGCUAAGAGGUUUAAAAUAGCUGAUGAUGGUGUCAGCACAUUGCAGUGCUCUGCUCUGCUCUGCUGCAGGCAGGGUUAAAAAAAAAAAAAGAAAGAAAAGAGGCUGAUGAUUCUGGAAGCAGAAAGCGUGAUGUGUCGGGCCUCUGGGUUCCAGCCGUUGAAACACCUUCUACUAUUUUGUAUGUGCGGUGGAACCAGUUUAAAUGCCAUAAGGGCUGCAGCAUGAAUACAGAAUUGCUCGUCAUCUUCAGCCUAGUAGUUCAAUAUAAAAUAAGGUAGUGGUAGUUUAGCUCAUUUGACCAUUGCAGUUAUUAAUAGAGCCCGACCGAUAUGGGAUUUUUGGGGCUGAUGCCGAUACCGAUAUCGGGGGCUGAAAAAGCCGGUAUCCGAUACAUGAAAUAAGAUCAUUGAUAUACACUGGAUAAAUAUAUACUGUAAAUGAACAUAAAGUGUUAUAAUACCCAAAAUGUGGUUCAACACAAAGACGCAGAAGACUACCAAAUUAAAAAUAAGGAACUUGAAUUAGUAACACUGUCAACAUAAGGACAUGCCUCUUUGAUGUGCUUUCAGGUGUUGCCAUAAAUUUGUAGUGUUCUUUGCUUCCAUGAAAAAGCGCGGUAUCGGCAUAUGCCGAUACUUGCUUUCUAACGCCAAUCACCUUCGGCCGAUCAGCUGCGCCCCCAUUGCUGCAUCCAGCCUAUAGCGACUGUCUCCCGCCCACUUUCCCUUCACAAAGCCCAAAACAAACAUGUCUGCUGUGUGGGACUUUGUGUUGUGAGACUGGUAAGUUUUGCACCCUGCAAAACAUGCCACGAAAAAUAUCUCAUCGGGGUGGCGUCUUUUAAAAGCUUUAGUUUGGUGCGGCAUUUUGGUCGAGCAGAGGCUAAUGUAGCCAAAAUGCGGGACACCGUGUCUGCGUGGCAGUCGGAGGACUAAGGCGGACAACCCGAAAAGUUAUAGUGAUAGUCUAUGUGAGUGUGUGUCAAGAAGGUAUCCUAUGAGAAGCUCUUAGUCUGAAAAUGCACUCAGCUAACAGACUGAAUCUAUAGGUAUAAUAAUAAUAUAUAACCGCUACCAGCUAACAAUCUUGUAAGUUAAAACAGCCAGUUAAGAAGAAGAAGAAACCAGGUAAUUAGCUUAGGCACUAAUUGAUAGGCUAACCACCAUCUAAUAGUCUUACAAGCUAAACAGAAAUAACAGAGUCCAAUAACAGGCUAACAAACAAACUAUAAACUAACCAACCAGCUAACAAGCUUACUUGCUAACAGCAGGCGUAGAGGUCAACCAGCAGUCUACCAGUCUGAACAACAGUUUGCUAACAAGCUAUGGACAAGUUAAACAACUAACAAACGUACCAGCUAACAACAAGUAGACCAAGAGGCUAGCCACCAUCGAAUAACAAAUGUAGCAGCAGAUUAACAGGCUAAAGUACCAACUAACAGUCUCUCAAGCUAAACAGUUAGCAUGCUACAGUUAGCAGGCUACAGACCAACAUGAUAAGUUUAACAACAAUCUGUAAAUUCUUCCCAGUUAACCACGGGUAUGCUAGCUAACAUGCUAACCACCAUUUAACAGUCUUACAAGCUAAAGAACAGUCUGCUAACAGGGUAACCACUAUUUAGCAUUUGAAGAAAGUCACCUGAUUGGCUCAACAACCUGCCAACAAGCUUGCCAGUUAACCAACAGCAGAAUAACGGUCAACUUCUUGUAUUUUUGUGAACAGGCAGAUAACAAGCGAAGGAUCCACCUGCCAAAAAGUUAAACAACCAGCUAACAAGCUUACCGGCUAAUCAACAGCAGUGUAACAGGCUAACCACUGUCAAAGAGCUCUACAAAAGCAGCUCAGUGGCGAAACCAACGUGCUAACAAGGUUAUUUGCUGAACUGUCAGUCCUCUGAAGUCAAAAGAUUAGCGGCGUUGAACGUGCUACGGUUGUUAUUGUGCAUUACAGCGUUUCCUCACCACAUCGCGGUUCACCUUUCGCGGAUUCGCUCUUUUGCAGAUUUUUAAGUGAAAUUUUGCAUGUUUUUUUAACAGCAUAUGACCGCGCAUGAGUUCUGCGUCGCUGUGGUGUAUUAGAGUGAUCUAUCGGUGCUCCGUUGCAUGUGUGUGUUAUUGUAUUUACUAUUGUUGUAGUAUGGUGUUGUAUACUCAUGUGAGAGUUGAAGACGUGUCCAGACUUGUCCAGUUUGUCUCAGUAAAUAUAGAGCCACAACACUCCUGAUAGGCUAAGGGAGAACCCGCCAAUUGUGUUCUGCAUUCUCAUUGAGUGACAGUGGUCUAAAGCCAAUCUCCUUCAUGCAGGACUGCCUGUUUCCCGUUGUAUGAUUGCUAGCAGCUAGCGUUAUGCGGCUGUAGGGCGCCCGGGAUACUGUAAAUGAAUCUUUGGUUCAUGGAGGACGAGGAGGAGGAAUAUGUUUUAACAAGGAUACAAAAACGCUACAGCCUAACGGCGCCAGGACAAGCCACGAUCAGAGGAGUGAAAGUCACUUAAUUUCUUGUGUCCAAUCUCGUUAGUUGAUCAUUAAAAUUCUAACGAAAUUUGAACUUGGCGUGUUUAAUGAAGAGAGAAAUGUGAUAAAAUGUUAAUGCCUGUCUGAGAAAAGUGUAUAAAGUCUAUGGGGAGGGGUUUUACAGUCUUCAAGGGAUAGUUGAUGGAUCUUUACGCAUCUUCAUCCGCGAUGGAGCGCCGCAGCAAUCUUGUUUACGUGUGUUCCAUAGCGGAAGAAGAUGCGUCUUCAUCACAUUCACACGAAUGGAGAGGCGACAGUGUGCAGGGACACAACGGGAGACAAAUAUAACGCUGAGCGAUUUGUGAGGUCUGAUUUUUUCAGGAGGCAGUUUUAUGAUGCAGUGUACUACACUUUUGAACGCAUAUUGUUUUGAGAAACCAAACUCUUGACUGAAAUGACCCAGCAACUAAGUAGAACUACGUUCCUCGUCACGGAAAUCCGACCAGAACUGGACUCACGGGACCAAAUGGGGAGGAGGCGAGCCGGCGCCUGGGUAGAUGUGAGCCCAAGGUAAUGGCCAGGCUGGUGGACACAGGCACACAAACAGAUCCAGUAGUCGUGCUGUCCUUGGCCCAGGCCGCCGUGCUAGGUCUCAUCUCCCAGAAUGAAGUCUUCGGCGCUACCAUUGCACCCAACGGCUUCUACACAGGUGAACCCAAAGAGUCGCCCGCACCGCCAGUAGACGGAGUGGACUACGAGUACGCGGACCAGCUUAUCGGCGCCAACGGAGAUUACCUCGGGGACAACUUAGCUGAAGACGGACAGAUGCAACCGAGCUGCAGUCAGAGGAGGUGGCAGCAGGGGCCCCCUCAGCACCCCGAUGUGAAGAUGGUGCUGCCCGAUCGCCAUGUCCCUCAAGGGGUUGACGGGACCGUGUGUCACAUCAAAGGGGAAGGGGUGAACUCUGUCAUGAGCUCCUGUGUCCACAUGCUCAACAAUAUGGCUCCCAGGGGGGGCUUGAUUCAAGUAGACCCGGCCACCCUCAGAGGGACCAACAAGAACUGUGCAGAGUGUGAGCGGGAGGCCUCCAACCAGCAACAAGCCCCCACACAUGUGCACCCUCCUCCCGCUCAGGUGGCCCACAGAGGAGGAGAGCACAGAGGACUGCAGGGCCAGCGCCCCCUGGGGGGUCAUGGUCGAGGUGUCCGUGAGGGUGAGGAGGAAGUCAAUCAUCAGGGGAACAACAUGAUGAAGCCCAGCCAACAAGAUGAAGCCAUCAGCAGCUACUUCCAAACCAGCGAAGUAGGCAGCUACGAUUCGGGGGAAAUGGCCAUGGGGGGCGAGUACGAAGACGGUAACCAGAACAUGAUGUGGACGGAUGGGAGUGGGAGUGGACAGCAGCACCAGCAGCAGCAGCAGCAGCCGCCUCAGCCGCCGCAGCCCCCUAGAAGACACGGCGGCCGCAGGGUGGACCGACUAGACAUCAACAUCCAAAUUGACGAGUCCUACUGCGUGGACGUGGGGGAUGGUCUGAAACGCUGGAAGUGCCGCAUGUGCGACAAGUCUUAUACGUCCAAGUACAACCUGGUCACGCAUAUCUUGGGCCACAACGGAAUCAAACCGCACGCGUGCCCCCACUGCGGCAAGCUCUUCAAGCAGCCCAGUCAUCUCCAAACCCACCUGUUGACCCACCAGGGCACCAGGCCACACAAGUGCACCGUGUGCAAGAAGGGCUUCACGCAGACCAGCCACCUGAAGCGCCACAUGCUGCAGCACACAGACGUCAAGCCCUAUAGCUGCCGCUUCUGCCGCCGCGGCUUCGCCUACCCCAGCGAGCUGCGGGCGCACGAGGUCAAGCACGAGCGCGGCCGCUGCCACGUGUGCUCGCAGUGCGGCCUGGAGUUCCCCACCUACGCCCACCUCAAGCGCCACCAGGCCAGCCACCAGGGGCCUCACACCUUCCAGUGCACCGAGUGCAACAAGUCCUUCGCCUACCGCAGUCAGCUCCAGAACCACCUGCUGAAGCAUCAGAGCCCCAGACCUUACACAUGCUCGCAGUGUGGAUUGGAGUUUGUGCAACUGCACCACCUACGUCAGCACUCGCUCACACAUAAGGGUAUGAAAGGCCACAAGUGUGAAGUGUGCUCGCGUGAGUUCACGCUGUCAGCCAACCUCAAGAGGCACAUGCUCAUCCACAACAGCGUGCGGCCCUUCCAGUGUCAUGUCUGCUUUAAGAGCUUCAUCCAGAAACAGACGCUCAAGACCCACAUGAUCGUCCACCUGCCCGUCAAGCCCUUCAAAUGCAAGGUGUGUGGCAAAUCCUUCAACAGAAUGUACAACCUGCUGGGCCACAUGCAUCUGCACGCUGGCAGUAAGCCCUUCAAGUGCCCCUACUGCACCAGCAAGUUCAACCUGAAGGGCAACCUCAGCAGGCACAUGAAGGUCAAACACGGGAUGGACGUGUCGCCUGAAGGACAAGAGGUGCUGCCAGAAAUGGAGAACCAGGGGGAGUAUGAAAGCCAGAACUUUGGCUUCACGUCGCCUGACAACAUGGACAAUAGCGGCUCCCAGAACCUCACCAAGCUGACCACGGCCAACAUGGAGGACAUGGAGGAGUAUUACAACUUUGGCAAGGACACCAGCGCCUACGCCACGCCCUGAGUUAGUUGCGCACCCUGCUGGGAAUCAAUCGACCGGACUAGAAAGAGUGACUUGACUCUUGACGGAAAGGAGAAGCACGAGGUGCAGACUGUCGAAGCUGUUUGUUGUAUGCGUGGAUUCAUAACGAACAACAAGAAGAGGCCAUUGAUGUGAUUUCCUGUCAAUCACAAGCGUAUAUUUUUGGACUGGAAAGGUCAAUUAGGCUAUGUAGUCACUGCAGUACAGUAAAUAUACACACACACACACACACACACACACACACACACACACACACACACGCCAUGGUUGAUCCAUAGUCACUACAUACAGUAUUCUUUAGCUUCCUGUGCACUUACUGAACAUCAUUCUUACAUGCACUGUUUGUCUCCAAAACAUCAUGUGAGUUUAGCUUCACCUUAAUAUUCUAACCUGUGUCGUUGCUAUACUUUAAAAAAAAAAAACAAUUUUUUUUUUAAACUUUGAGUGCUAUUGAGCGAACAUGAAGCGAGCUUUCGUUGAGGAAGGUUUCUUUUUUCCUUUUUUAAAGGAACCCCGUCUUCAGUAAGCUGGAGGAAACCAGACUGUAAGGUUGGACAUGUGACACAUUUUAAGUGCAAAUUGAGGAGCUUUUUUUCUUCUUUAGUGCUUGUUUGGAGUUUCAACAGGCUUGGGGUUUGUUUUUUUUUCACUUCACUUUCAGUUCAAUUCAAGUGGAAAGUCUAUUCCAAAUGUACAUUCUGUAUAUGUUUAAAAAAAACUACAAAAAAACGUGUGAAUUGAAAGUGAACUGAAGAUGAUGGUCCUGCCUGCUCCUCAUGAUUCUGUUUUGGGGAAGUGGACGCCCCCUGUCCUGCCAUGCAGGUCAGUCAGCUUUUUUGAUAUACACACAAGUGAAAGCAAAAGAAUGGUCGACUAGUUGAGCAUUAUCAGACUAAAACGUCACGGGAAUUGACCAUGGAUUAUUUAAUAAUAAAGAAAAAAAUUCUAGUUUAAAAUGAAAAAUCAAUGUGGCUUGUCUGUAAUGUCAUUAUUUGGGAUGGGUGUUUAAUUUUGGUUUUGUUAUGGCAUUGGUACGGGUGAGAAUGUGAUUUCUUUAUGUUUCCACCAGUAUUUGGAAACUUUUUUUUUUUUCUUUUGCUGAUAAGGAAUAUUGCGAGUCAUCUCAGAAGACUUUAAAUGAGGUCAUCCAUUUAAAGGCCGUGCGGUGAUGCCUUGCUCAUCUUUAUCAUGGGCACGUUUGAGAAAAAAAGUUAGGAAAGUCCAAAAAAUUGUGGCAGAAGAGGGAAAAAGACUAUCACAAUUGUGUGAGUAUAGAUUUUUUUAUUUAUCCAUCCAUCCAUGCCGCUUAUUCUAAUUAGGGUCGCGGGGGUGUGCUGGAGCCUAUCCCAGCUGACUUAGGGCGGGAGGCAGGGUAUACCCUGGACUGGUCGCCAGCCAUUUGCAGGGCACAUAUUUUUUAUUUAUAUUUAGUAUUUUUUAUGUAUUUUAUUUAUUAUUAUUAUUAUAUUAACACUUAUAUUUCUACAUUUUCCAAGAGUUGAGUUGUACUACUACUAGGAAAAAAUUAUAUACUAAAUGUAGUCAUUUUUCAAUUUUGACAAUGGCAUUAAAAUAUUAAGACAAGUUUAACAGACUAAUGUCAUGGGAAAGUAUUCAUUUCUAAGAGAAAGGUUAUUGCUAGAAUACAUUUUUUAAAUAAAGAUAUAUAUUUUUUUUACAAUAUUGUAUUUUAGAGAAUAAAGUUGAGAAAAAUUUAAUAAUUAUGCAAGAAUAAUAUUUUAAUCAUUUAACAAUACAGUGUUCUCUCGUUUAUCACGGAGGAUAUGUUCCCAAAAUAGCCCGCAAUAAGUGAAAUAAGUAGCCAACUUCAUUUUUAAAUUUUUUUUUUUUUUUUUUUUUACAAUGAUUAUCUAUGUCUUAAGGCUGUAAAACACCUCACCAUACACUUUAUACACUUUUCUCAGACAGGCAAUAACAUUUUCUCACAUUUCUCUCUUGUUAAAACACUCAAAAAAACGUUCAAACCUUCGUUUGAAUUUGAACGAUCGACAUACAGGACACAAGAAAUGAUGUCAGUCGCGUAUUUCACUCCUGUGACCGUGCCUUUUCGUCCUGGCGCCGUUUUGCUGUACUGUAGCGUUUUUGUAUCCUUGUUAAAACAUACUGCUGCAGCACUCCUUCUGUUGCAGAGCUCCUCAUUCAAGAUUCAUUUACAAGCUAGCAAGCAAGCUUGCGAUCACACAGGCGAUACGGCAGGGCAGCACAAAAGGAGACUGAUUGAUUUUAACAGCCUACAGCCAGUCAGGACACAGAAAACAAUGGGCGGUGCAGACAGACAAGAGUGGGAAGAGAGACACUCAACUUCCCAAAAUGCAAUUCUUUUUAAAGGGCCAGGCUCACUCAGCCUGUUACAACUUUCAUACCCUGUAAUUUAAAAAAAAAAAAAAAAAAAGCACAAAAAAAAAUCUGCGGAAUGGUGACUCUGCGAAAGGUGAACCUCGAUAGAGCUAGGGAUCACUAAUCAAUAUAACAAGCAAAAAAUGUGUUAGAAUAUUAGAAAAAAAAACGUAUUUUACAAAAAUUAAGUCAAAAGCAUUUCAGGUAAAGCCAUAACAAAAAUAACGUCAUAUUUAAGUGCAUAAACGUAUUGCUAUGUUAAAGUGAUACGCAGUUAAGGAUAAAUUAGACAAUUAAAGUCAAUGUUGAGUCAUAUCAAACACCACCAUCAGUAAUAAACACUUGUAAUGUCAAACUACACACUGAAAUCACCUCAUUUGUUGUCUCAUCUGUGUUUUUAAAAACAUAUGGUCGUUUUUGAAAGAGACGCACCUUUUUUUUUGUGAAAGAGUGAAUUUUGACAUUCACUCUUCACUUCAAAUGAUGUUUUCUUUUAUAUUGGACCUUUCAGUGUCUCCCUAAUAAUACCAAUAGUACAUUUUCACAAUGCUUCAAUGAUGUGAAGAGAAACAGUACAGUACACGCAGUUGCAUGAUGCUGCGCAUUAUGUUGCACAGCUGGCCUGUAAUUAGACACUGACAUGCACUAUAGUCGCCCUAACACUACACUGCUGCUUAAUUAGAAGCUUCUUAUGCAACCUAAUAUAGUGGGGAACGUCUCAUAAUGAAAGAACUGGUGAGUCGAUUCAGGUCAAAUGUAAUGCAACGUAGACCUCAUGUAUACACUGGACCCAACAUUAGAUAUACCUGCACAAUAUAAGCCAAUUCAUCUCAUUACCAAUAAAUGCUAAUCAUUAUUAUCUUUUCAAGGGUGGAAUGUUUAAUCCUUUUUUUUAAAACUCUUGCAAUGGAGCA